AUGACUGUUAUUCUCAUUUUCAUCGUUGGAGGUUUUAUAUUUUUCCGGGGUGAUAUUUGGAACCCUACUACUCCUGAAGGAAUCGUCCGCGGCUCUGGACGGGUCUUUUUCGCGUAUCUCGGAUUUGAUGUUAUCAACUGCCUCGCGGAGGAAACCACUGAGGCUCGCCGGCUCGUCCCUCGAGCGAUCAUCGUUACAAUCAUCAUAUGCUGUAUUGUGUAUGUGUUGGUUGCUGUCGCAUUCGUCCAUUUGGCGCCGCUUGCCAGUGUGAAUAUGAACGCGCCUUUGGCUACAGCUUUUGAAGCCCGAGGAGCGACGGUCUUGGAAUUUGUUGUUUCCCUCGGGGCUGUUGGCAAUACCAUGACGUCAGUGAUGUCAUCCAUGAUUGUUCAGCCGCGCAUCAUGCUACGGAUGAGCAGUGACGGUCUUCUCCCGAGAUCGGUACAAAACCGAAA